ACCAGAGAGAUUGUGGCACUCAAGAAGAUCCCACUAGAGGCUGAAGACAAGGUAGUUCCAAGUGCUGCUAUUUGUGAAAUCAGUAUUUUGAAGGAGAUGAAUGAUGCAAACAUUGUCAGAAUCCUUGACAUUUACCACAUGGAAGUUAAAAUUUCCGUAGUCUUUGGAUUCUUAGACCUUGAUCUCAAUCAAUACAUGGAUAAAGUUGAAUUUUUCUAUGCAUUAUCACGGGUUAUGCAGCUGCGCAGGUAUGCAAUUGUGCGGGUUCAACUGUACUGUCAUGAUCACUUGUGGGAUACAAAGUAG